AUGACUGUCGAAGAAUUCAAAGCUAUAGCUUUUAAGGAUUUACCAAACAAGGAAAACUCAAUAAUCAAAAUGAUAUACUAGGAUUUAAAGAUUAACCCAUAUAUUCAUGCUAAUAUUGUUCAAAUGGAGUAAUCCCAGGUGGUAGAUGAAGAGGCUGGAGAUAAUUCUGUUGCUGAGAAUCCUAAUCAGCUUAAUUUUGAUAAUCUUGAUGUGUUAACAGAUUAUCUGAGGGUUCUUGAGGAGCAAUAGGCUAAUUUGAGAUCGAUAUCGAAUCGAAUGAGAUAGGAUGUUUCGAUUACAAGACCUAGAAGGCCUCUUUCAACUGAUCCUAAUUAAGCAAGGAGAGUUGGUAAUAAUGGAAGAGCCAAUAGAUUUGCUAAUAGAUUGUCUCUUCGAAAUAGAUUUAGAGCAGAGCCUCGUGUUGUCUAUUUUGGUGGAUCCACCUAGGAUGGAACAUGCAUCGAUUUCAUUUGGGGAUUUUUACUUGGGUUUAUCUUCCCUUUAAUUUUCGUAAUUAUGGUACUUCUCUGUAGAACAAAAAAGCUAGCAAAAACUGGAGUACUACUGGGAUACUUUUGCCACGUUUAUCUAUAUUACUCUUCUUUAACUUAGAGCACAAGUAGAAGGGCUACUGGUGCAACUUGA